ACAACACACACAAACACACUCUCACAGGACGCAGAGGCAACUGGACAGACCAACAUCUUGCUGCAUUUCUGACUUGACUUUGGUCAGCCUUCGCAGCUGAAAGCUGGCUGCCAUGUCGGCUGUGUGGGACACUGACUAUCUCUGGAGGGAGGCACAAGGGGCGAAGCUGGCCUCUCUCUUUAGCCUGGACCAGGCUGAGAGUCAGGGUAACGAGUCCUUUCAGUUCACGGCCCCCAAGCAACCAAAGAAGAACACCCCGACUGUUGCCCCAACCACAGGUCCUCCUCCUCCUCGCCCGAAGGCGGCCCCAUCUCCUCCAUCUCCUCCAUCUGCACCAUCAGUGAUGUUCGUCACAGCUGUCUAUGCAUUCCGCUUUUUGAAUGGACAGCAUGUUAAGCAGGGGAAAGUUGGAGCUGCAGUUCUGGGUAACCAUGGAAAUAAAGAGUACAAGAUCCUCAUCUAUGGUAGCCAGCAGAAACCGAUAACAAGCGCAAAGAUCCAUCCUGGGUUUACUCUAACAGUUCAGCCUGGGAAGUAUGCCACCUUCUAUGAUGACCAGAGACAAAAUUGGUCAUUGAUGUUUGACUCCCUGGAAAUAAGUGCCGACUUCUGCAAACAGGUAUGUUUGGCAAAGUGGAAUGCUGACCCCUCUCUUGAGACCGUGAUGACCCAGGAUCUGGUGUUAGGAGAAGGGAAGGCAGCAGAGGAUGGAGACACCGUGACGAUCAGCUUCACCGCAUGGCUUCUGCAGAACCACACCACAGGAGAGACAUUCAACUCCAGUGCGAGUAAGGACAAGUUGCAUCCCUUGAUGCUGGGACCUAGCAAAGGUUGGGAAGAAGGCUUACUGGGGAUGAAAGGAGGGGCCCAUCGACGCCUCAUCAUCCCUCCGAGUAGAAGAACUGGGCCCAGUGGCAUUCUGAACAACGCUCCUCGGUCCAGUACCCUGGUUCUGGAUGUAGAAGUUCGCCAGGUUUGUUUUGGUAAGGACGGAACAUUGGGCUGUCCUAGCCUGGGGACUUUAGAGUCUCCACCAUCCUCUAUACCUGUGGAGAUACCGACCCCUGAAGCAUCCCCACCCAAACAAAUCCACCAGAGCCCUCAAACGCAGAAGGUCCAGCAGCGAGCUAAAUCCAAUUCUCCAAAUGAGAAGCUGGAGAGGUCGAGCUCUGCCAAGGCCAGACUGAUCACCCGCAUGGCGAAGAUGGGCCAGCCCCUUCUCCCCUUCCUGCACGGGGCCAUCCCAGCCCAGCCGGACCCCAGCGACUCAGAGACGGAGGAUCUUUGUGACGUUGAAGAAACCCACCAUGCGACCCCUCCCACUGUCCCGGCCUCCCCAUCCUCCUCGCCACCAGAAACGCCUGCUCUCAAUCCAGUUGCAGUGUCAUCCCAGAUCAUUUUGGCAAGGCAAAUGGAGACCAUCCCACCGCCUGUUGAGACUACACCAGUGCAAUCCUUUGUGCCUUACCAUACCAUGCUGUCCACUGCCCAUAUUCAGCCAAUGGGUUUUCACACUGUGCCUUACCCAGCUCCUGAUGUCACUUCCUUCCUGAUGAGUGACGUCAGGCAGUUCAGCACCGAGAUGCGGCUGGAUGUUGGGAAGGUAGCCGAUAAACUAGAACAGCUAAAUGCCAAGGUGGAGAAGCUUCAGAAUCAUGGCUCUUUCUUUGGUUGCCCUUCCCUGUCCAUGGACACGGCUAUGAUCAUGCACAGCAUCCAGAGAAUCACUCAGGAGAACACCACGCUAAAACAGGAACUUCAUGAGAAAAGCAAUCGAAUUGAAGAGCAGAACUCAAAGAUCGGCGAGCUGAUAGAACAGAAUCAAAGAUGCAUAGAAAGAAACAGCCAGCUCCAGGAACAGAAAAGCAACUCCUUUCAUUCCAGUGGUCAGAACACCCACACACGGCUGUUGAUGGCUGAACAAGACAAGGUACGACUGGUGGAGGAGUUGUCGAGCACCACAUCUUUGUUGUGUGAGGUGCAGCAAGAGACCUCAACCCUCCAGCAGAGGGCGACAGAGCUCCAGGCUAAACUCACAGCCACCCUUCAGAACGCCCAUCGCCAGAGAACCCAGAUCUCUGCACUGGAGACCGCUGUGGAAGAAUUGAAGGCCGGAAAAGAACAGAGUCAAGUUGAGAGGCGCAAAGAGAAGCAGAAAUGCAAAGAGCUGCAGCUCCAAGUGGACAACCUGGAGGAGGAGCUUCAGGAUCUCAAAGCAGACAAGAAGGCCAUGGCACAGUUGCUGCAGGAGAGGAGGAGGAAGUGGCAGCAGGAACGCGAGCGUCUCCUGGGGGAGCUGGAGGAGGCGCGCCAGAGUGGCCAGCAGGAGAGCGACCAGCUCAGGGAUCAGCUACGGAGAACCAGGAGCGCCACACAGAACCACAGCACUGAACAGGACCAGGCUAACCUGGAGGCAGAGUGGCAGAGGCGGUGUGAUGAGUCUCUGUCCUCGGCAAGAGAGGUGCACCAGCGAACCUUGUUGGAGGUAGUGGAACAGAGAGACAUGCUUGAGGAGACUGUCUCCCAGCUGCACGCGCAGAUUGCUGAAAUCCAGAGAAGGGCGAGGGCUGACAAACAGCAACUGGAGAUACGAUUGGCUGAGUUAGAGCAGAAGUUGUUCGAACAAUCCAAUGAUGAAGCAACUGCCAUGCAGCUGAAGUGGGCAAUGAACAGGGUGUUCCACUCCCUGAAGGAGGAGUUUGACCCGGAGCAGACCUACACAGGAAGCACCGUCCUGAAGCUUGCUCUCAACACCAUUAAGAGUGUCACCCUCCACUUCCUAGCCGACCUCAACGACAUCCCAGCUGAAGCAGACGACGAACGAGAGGAAGAGGACGAGGAGGAGAAAAAGAAGGAGACCAACGGCACACCCACUCCACACUCAAAUCAGGACAGGAAAAAGGAUGAGCGCACAGUAAAAGACGCCGUGGCUAGUCGGGACACAAGGGUGGGAAAUGCAAUAGUGCGCUCCGCUGUCACAAAUUCAAGAGGAGAGUCGACUUACGAGACUACAGAGAGGUCUGGUAGUGGCACAGAGGAGUCGUGGGAAUCCUCUAGUGCCGAAGAACUCUUCCUGUGCACUCUGGCCAAGGCAGCAGGGACCCCCACUCACACAGCCAAAACACACAAGUGAACGGCUCACUGCUCUACCUGACUCAGUAGUAAACCAGGUUAAGUUAACCUUGAGGUACAGGUAAAUCAGCUAAUAGAAGAGCCUUAAGUCAUCAUUUUCUUAACUAAAAAUGGCACAUAUGGGCAGGUUUACCUUUGGCUGUAGGCAACUUAACCAGGUUUAUCACUUAACCAUGUAGUUGGAAUUAGGGCUGCACAAUUAAUCGAAAAAUAAUCAAAAUCGUGAUAAAAUAGUGAAAUCGAACUCGUGAUUUUAAUCGUGAUUUAAUCGUGGCAAUAGUGACGUACUUUUGAGAGCAUCCUUGAAGCCAGAACAUACUGACAGGCUGGUGUUUCUGGCCAGAAAUCUGUCCACUUACGUUUCAUGCUAUUGCCCUUACAUAAUUAUUACAAUUUAUUUUAUUUUGCUCAUCCCGUAUGUAAUUCAUUCUUGGUUAUAUUUCAUCUUGUUAUAAUUUUCAGAAAAAUCUGCAAAAAUCAAUAAUCAUGAUUAAUAAUCGUGAUUAUGAUUUUGACCAAAAUAAUCGUGAUUAUGAUUUUUUCCAUAAUCGUGCAGCCCUAGUUGGAAUACACUCUGGGUCAGAGUCACGACUUUCAAUCAGUAAUGGCUGUCAUGCAUACAGUACAUACAGUACAUGACCAGUGAACUGUAACAUCAGGCUAUUUUACGACAUGUAUCUGUUACAACUACUGGUAAGUCACCACUAACGUAGAGGUCACAGGAGCUACAUAGAGGUGCAUGAAGAGAAUAACAACUUGUAAUAACUGUGUUUAUGUCAAAUGGAAAAGAAUACACCAGCAACAUCUGGAUUUGUGUUAAUACGUAUUAUUUAAUAUAAUGGUAAUAAAGUAAUUGUAACCUCAGGGCAAUCAUUUUAAUCUGUUUUUAUUAAUUGUUUUGUAAUUGUCAAGUUGAACCUAAUAAAGCUGUUGAUCAGUCUUCA